UUUUGUUGUCAAAUUUUUUUGUUUUCAAUUAAUUUUUUUUCUAUGUAAAACUUUCAACUUUGACAAAUCCACACGCAAUCCCUCUUUGGCCUCUUUCCUUGUAAUUUCCAAUUCCAUUAUUAACUUAAUCUAAUUCACUCCCAUAUAUUUAGCUGCCUCUUCCUCACCCACCAUCUCUCAUACUCACAAAACAAGUUUCAAACUUUUUCACUUCCUCCUCUGUUUUCUCUUCUCUCUCUGUUUUUUCUUUACUAUAGUUAUAUAAAGUUGAGAUCUUUGAUAUACCCAGAUCAAGUUUUGAAGUAAUUUGAGGUGGGGAUGGAGAAUAAUCAGCAAUCUUUUUUUCAAUUCAGUGAUCAGCUUCGAGUUCAGACUUCGAAUCUGGCUAAUCUGUCAGUCAACGACUCGAUCUGGAGCUCUAAUAUUCCGACAAAGAGGACUGAGGAAAGGAGGAAUUUUGAUAUAAGAGUUGGUGGAGAGGUUACUUCUUCUCUAAGCAACUCCAAUCCAAAAGGGUCAGAUCUCAAUGGUUUCAAUGAUGGGUGGAACAGUCUGAAGCCUAAAGUGUCUGAUUUCAAUGGAUUCAAUGAUGGCUGGAACAAUCUUAAUCUGAAGCCUAAAGGGUCUGAUUUCAAUGGAUUCAAUGAUGGCUGGAACAAUCUUAACCUGAAGCCAAAGGGGUCUGAUUUCAAUGGCUUCAAUGAUGGGUGGAACAAUCUUAAUCUGAAGCCAAAGGAGUCUGAUUUCAAUGGCCUCAAUGAUGGUUGGAACAGUUUCAAGACAAAGGGAACUGAUUUCAAUGCUUUCAAUGAUGGGUGGAAGAUGGGGUCUAGCAGUGUUGGAAAUAGUCUAAUUCUUGGUGGAUCUCAGAAGAAUGGUGGUAUUAAUGGUGGGUUCAACAAGGGUAUUUAUUCUAAGACUGGGAAUUACAAUAUUAACAACAACGUUAAUGUUAAGGGGUACAAGAAUAAUGGUAAGGGUGAGGAUGAUCAUGUAGGGAAAGUUGGGAAGAAGAACAGUAAUGGUAAGAAGAAUAAUGGUGACAAUAAUAAUAAUGAUAGUAAGAGUGGUGUGGACAAGAGGUUCAAGACACUUCCACCAUCUGAGUCUCUGCCUAGGAAUGAAACCGUCGGUGGAUAUAUCUUUGUCUGCAACAAUGAUACUAUGCAAGAGAACCUCAAAAGACAGCUUUUUGGUCUGCCUCCACGUUACCGUGAUUCAGUUCGGGCUAUAACUCCAGGCUUGCCACUUUUCCUUUACAACUACUCCACUCACCAACUCCAUGGAGUAUUUGAGGCUGCAGGCUUUGGAGGAACUAACAUUGAUCCAACGGCUUGGGAGGACAAAAAAUGCGCUGGUGAAUCACGCUUUCCUGCUCAGGUACAAGUUAUAACAAGGAAAGUUUGUGAGCCACUUGAAGAGGAUUCCUUCAGGCCAAUUCUUCACCAUUAUGAUGGUCCUAAAUUCCGCCUUGAACUAAACAUACCAGAGGCACUUUCUCUCCUGGAUAUAUUUGAAGGACAGAAUUGAGGGCUUGAACAACACACUACACAGGCAUACUGGUACAAGUAAAGAUAGUGAAAAGAAAAAAGAGCUGAUGGAAAAGAAUAGCAGGAUAGAGAGUUUCUUGACUUAAAUAUUAUGGAGUUUACACAGAUAAUUUGGCGAACAAAUAUAUUUUUAGGACUCGCUUGAAUAUGCAGCCUAUGUCAUGUAUUAAGCUGUUUUUGCAUAGAGGCUGUUGUGUAUGGUUGUCCUUUUUAUUGUAUUUAGAGUAUAAAUAUAUAUAAAAAUAACUAAUAAGAUAUAAAAAUGAACUUCUCUA